ACAUCACGGGGUAUAGGAAUGGCGGCUCUGGCUGAUGGAGGAAAGAGCCAAAAGACCCUGAAACUUUACUUCUAACAUAAUUAAGAAAGAUUUUAAAUUGAUUGAAACAACAUACGGUAACGGAAUAGAACCGGAAGAACUCGAAUUCCGGUUGAUUUACUGUUCAAUAGCGACGUCCAGUCUCGGAAGUUGACUACUGGCACUGCUGACUUCAGGCUAACGUUGUUAGUUAAGCUACCUGCUAAUAUCAUAUAGCUAGCUUGUUUAGCUAACGUUGGUAGCAACGUCAGUCAUUAUUUACUCACAUUUUAUUGAUUGAUCAAUUCAUAAUUAUCCGAAAUAAAUCAUUGUUCUAAUUAGUCGGCACGUAAUAUUGCUACUAGGCUAGUUUCUGAGGACAUUCACGAAGGUGAAAUACAAAAAAAUUAAACCCUUCCUUCUUGCCAUAGCUAGCUAACUACAGUUGUAUUUAGCUAAGCUGAGAAACUAGCAAAGCUGACCAGCAACGUCGCUCCUCUCGCCUUGUUGAGUCCAGUUAUCACAAGGAUAACAAAAUUAGUCUGCUGAUCGCGUACUUUUGAUGCCAUAAUGGAAAGUUUAACGUUAACUGAUGUGGAGCAGAAGUAUUACUCUGAUUUGUUCGUUUAUUGCGAUACGGACAACACCAAGAAAGUGGCUUCCAACGGCAAAGUUCUUGAUCUUUUCCGGGCGGCCCAGCUACCCAGUGAGGUUGUCCUGCAGAUAACAGAGCUCUGUGGAGCCACUCGCCUGGGCCAUUUUGGAAGGAGCCAGUUUUACAUUGCACUGAAACUCAUCGCUGUAGCCCAGUCUGGACUGCCUCUCCGGGUAGAGAGCCUCAAUUCUGUCAAGGACUUGCCUCUGCCUCGCUUUGUUGUGGCCAAAAAUGAGCAGGAGGCCAGACACACAGCCAUGUACCCCGACUUGGAGAACCAGGGGCCUUACCAGGGUGUGAUUCCACGACCCCCUGGCCGGGGGCAGGUCAAGAAGGUGUCUGCCCACGAGGUCAUCCAGCCCUGUGUGCCCACAGUAGAACCACAGCCCGACACCACAUCCCCAGUGGUAUCUCCCCACCAGUCCCCUCCCACCUCGCCUCAUGCCUGGAGAAAGCACAAACGGCAGGCAAGCGGGGGGAACGUAGAGAGACCUCCUGUGGUGGUGGCAGGUGCUGUCUGGACACCUUUCAGAGAAGCACAAUCAGGACCUGUGGUGGUAGGUGAUGGGAUGUGGUCUGCCCACUCACCUCCCCCCGUUCAGGAAAGCUGGGAGAACUCUUCCAUACGAACGGUUGCGUCUGUUACUACAGCCAAUGAAAUCCAAAGACAGUCCAGUAGCGGUUAUGACGACCCCUGGAAAAUCACAGACGAGCAGAGGCAGUAUUACAUCAAUCAGUUCAAGACCAUCCAGCCCGACCUCAACGGUUUCAUUCCUGGUUCUGCCGCAAAAGAGUUUUUCACUAAAUCAAAGCUACCUAUUCUUGAACUGUCCCACAUUUGGGAGCUUUCGGAUUUUGAUAAAGACGGGGCGUUGACACUGGAUGAGUUCUGUGCUGCAUUUCAUCUUGUUGUUGCUAGGAAAAAUGGCUAUGACCUUCCCGAAAAGCUGCCAGAGAGUCUUAUGCCAAAGCUUAUUGACUUGGAUGACUCAGCAGAGGUUCCAGACCAGGCCCCCGACGUCGGCUACUCGGGCUCCCCUGUCGAGGUGACCCCAAACAAGUCCCCCAUGCCCUCACUCAACCAGACCUGGCCUGAUCUCAACCAGGGCAACGAGCAGUGGGAGACUUUUAGUGAACGCUCCUCCAGCUCACAAACUCUGACCCAAUUUGAUUCUAACAUUGCACCAGCUGACCCUGAUACAGCUAUUGUCCACCCUGUUCCCAUCCGCAUGACCCCAAGCAAGAUCCAUAUGCAAGAGAUGGAGCUGAAGAGAACCGGAAGUGACCACACACAUCCUACCAGUCCCCUGAUGGCUAAACCACCUGAGCUCUCUGAAGAAACCAAGCUUGCCACCUCUAUGAAGUUUGUAACAGCUAACUCUGGUGAUGGUUAUAGCAGUUCAGAUUCAUAUACUUCAGAUCAAGACCCAAUUACAAGUGUUGUAACAAGACAAAGGUCUAAUUCUGGGACCUCUCCUGAAGGUCUAAAGGUGGCGGCUGCCCCCCCACCACCCCCUCCCAGGCCCAAUGCCUCCCACUCCCGCUCCUCCUCGCUAGACAUGAACAGAAACUUUGCCGCUCACCCCACAGGGCCACAACAAUCUGGAGUCGUGGCCUGUCCUCCAGCCAUACCUCCUAGGCCGCUACCCACACAGACCUCUGGUCCUCAUAGUGGGCAUCGCUCGGAUGAGGGCCUGGCAGCUCACUCCACUACCUCGCCCCAGCAGAUCCCAGAGCAGCCCAACUUCGCUGACUUCAGUCAGUUCCAGGCGUUCGCUGCCUCAGAUCAGCCCAGUGACGACGGGGAGAAGCACCCAGAGAGUCUGCCAGUAGAGAAGUCUACAGAAGGGGCUGGGCCUUUGAGAACUGUGAAGAUUGACAACCAGGAAGAGAGAGCUGCAGCUACUGUGAACUCUGCCAAAGGGUCCAUCAUGGCCCCCCCACCCAAACCUGUCCGCCGGAGACUGAAAUCCGAGGACGAACUCCAGGAUGAAGCCUCCCCGAAGUCUAACGUCAUAGCCACUGUUCUAGCUACACUGCCAUCCAUUCCCAGGUCUGUUGGUAAGGAUAAAAAAGCAAUUCAAGCCUCUAUCAGAAGAAACAAGGAAACCAACACAGUUUUGGCCAGACUCAACAGUGAAUUACAGCAACAGCUAAAGGAUUUACUAGAAGAGAGGAUAUCUUUGGAGGUUCAACUGGAACAGCUCAGACCAUUUUCCCAUUUGUAACCUGUGUGUGUGAGGAGGACAAGUCCAUGAGAGAAGAUAGGAGAGACCUGAAGGGGCCUUUUGUGUGAUGCACAUGUUAUCUCCACUGUCCAUUCCCUCUGCAUUCUGCUGUCUCUUCUGUGGGAACCAGAUGGACUGACCGACCGUCUGUCUGUUGGACGGUCUGCCUGAUGGUCUGACAGUCUGUCUGUCGGAUGGACGGACGGACGGUCGGUCGGUCGGUCUGACUGACUGACGGGCUGACUGACCGACUGACGGGCUGACUGACCGACUGACGGGCUGACUGACCGACUGACGGGCUGACUGACGGACUGACCGCCUGUCGGUCGGACUGACGGUCGGUUUGCAACAACACACCCUGACUCGCCCUCAUCAGACAGACCAGUCUUUCCAAAGGGGCUGGGAUAGGAAUGUUACAAAUAUUGGCACUUUUAUUUAUCAAAGAAAUAGCAAAGAUUAUUCUGGACGUCAAUCCCUUAUACUAUAUCACAGGCCCCGGGGCCAGACUGACAGGCACUGAACUGGAACUUGAGUCAUGGGGUACUGAAGGCCGAGUUCCCUCCCUCAUUCUUCCCCAUGAUGACAAGUGUCCAGUAGAGGAGCACUCUGGGGUCUGCCUGUGCUGUGUGUGGGCCUGGUCUCCUGGGACCUGUCGAGGACAGAUAAUCAUGCCAGUGAAGGCAUUGUGAGGAGUCUGCAGGAGAUGACUCUCUAUCCUGGAGAGCUUUGGACUGAUCAUGUGACAGGAAUGAAUUCAUGUUCCAGUUUAUUACAGCAUCCCGCUACGCGGAGGGCUAUUCUGUCCAUGUGCGUCUCUGUAUACAUGUGUGCUGUAUGUAUGGUGUGUGUUUGGAUUUAUUUGGGCACGCAAUGGUUACAUAAACGGCAUGAUGAAAUGAGUGUGUAUGUAUAUUUUUUUCUUCCACUAGUCUUCUGCAAUUUAAUCUGUAACAAAAUGAGCUGUGUUACUAUGUGAAGUGAUUGACCCCCAGAUGACAGACCACAUUUUUGUUUUUGCUCCUGGCUCUGUAGUUGCUCAUGCUGACGCUGCCUGUGCCUCUUACGGUACAUAAAUUGAAUCAGUCCUGCCCCAACCACAAGGUUCCCUGUGAGAUAUGAUAACCAACUAUGGAAGCGAGACCAGAAUGAAACGACUGCACUUUUCCCCAGUUUUUUUUUGUUGUCCACCCCCCGCAUGUUGUUCAUGCUCUUAUCUAGUAUGAAGACAGUGCUUAAAUACAAACCACUUGAUUUCUACCUGUAUACGGUAUCUUACCUAGUCUGACAUUUGUGUUGGUACCUACACCUUGUAUAACUGUCUUUGUUUUUCUGGAACUUCUUGUGUUUUCUUAAUUUCUUAACCUGUCUUCAAAAGCCUUACUCCUGGCGUUCAGGUUUCCACUGUAAUCUAUUCUCCCUGUAUUGAACCAAGUUGAGCCUUCUUUUCCCUGCUGUUCAGGUUGAUGUACUGUAUAAGGGGUAUGUUGUAUAUUGUAUAUGAUACACACCUUUUGAUCUCAUAUGUACAUUUGCAUUAAUUGCUGACUAACAGCAAAUAUUAUAUUUAAUUGCUUAUAUUAUGGCUGUGUGAUCAUAGAUGUUUAACUGCAUGGAUGUAUCUCUGCAGAAUGAACUAGCAGCUGUGUGAUUUUUACACAAAAUAAAAACUGCACAAUAUUUUAA